AUGCAUGUGUCACGCCGAUCUCUAAUUAAAAUAAUUCAACAAAUGAAUUAAAUAUUUAGAUAUUAAUAAGAGAUAAUUAUGUAAAAACUAAAUUGUUGUUGUUAGGUUUCACGUAUAUGGUUUCUCAAAACACCGACUAGUGUUUAAGAUGAAUAACAUAAAACGUUCCUGUACAUUAGUAAAAAGUCUUUAUAAUACGAAUUAUAGAUGCGUACUCGUCAGUUACGAUAAUCACACAUCUAACAUUAGGUGGCAAUUACAAUCUGCAAGGAAAUCAUUUUUAAAAAAUUUCAGUUAUCCGUUUUGCUCAGCAUCUAAUGAACCUAAUACAUCUGGUAAAAAAUUAUUAAAAAAUGAAAUUAAGACAUAUAUUAACCAAAACAAAGAAAGACUAAGAGACACUGAAAUAAGACUGAAGAAAAAGGGAACCGUUAUAUUACAGGACAUUAAAGACACUAGAGACAAAGUUAGAAAUAAAGUAGAGGAAGUUAUAGAGAGGGAAAAUGUGUACACUAUACCAAAUUUAUUAUGCAUUACAAGAAUAGUACUAACACCAUAUAUAGGCAUGUUAAUAGUACACAGUGAAUUUGAUUUUGCAUUAGGUGUGCUGGGAUUUGCUGCCAUAACAGACUUAUUGGAUGGCUGGAUUGCUAGAACAUGGGAGAGUCAGUCCUCAAAAAUGGGGAGUUUUUUAGACCCUAUGGCUGACAAGAUAUUAAUUGGAACAUUAUUUUUGACACUAACUUAUGCUGACCUAAUACCAAUAGCCCUGACUGGAAUUAUUGUAGCUAGAGAUGUAGCUUUGGUUGCUGCAGGAUUUGUCAUUAGAUACAGAUCUCUCCCUCCACCAAGGACUUUAAGCCGAUAUUUUGAUGUAACUCAUGCAACUGCUCAAUUGGCACCAACAUUUAUUAGCAAGGUGAACACUGUGGUACAGCUAGUUCUGGUGGGUUCAACAUUAGCUGCACCUGUCUUCCAAUAUGUUGGACAUCCUGCAUUAGAGUGUUUAUGGUAUGUUACAGGGACAACGACCGUUGCCGCAGCCUUAAGUUAUAUUUUGUCCAAAAACACUUACAGAUUUUUAAAACAGCCAAAAGUGCCAAAAUGAUAUUUACUUUAAAAAUUUAGGAUUUUUGUUAUAAAACAUUGUAUAUUUUAAAAUAUAUAGAAAGUUAUUAAUA